CGGCAUCCACUGCCCGCCGCCAGCCUUGGUGACGGGCGCAUCUUGGUGUUGCGCUGGGCCUCGCAGAACUGGGGGGUUUUUUUCCUCAAUGUGCCAUUUGAUUCUAUCAUCGAGCGGCUGACUCUGAGAAGAACUGAUCCAGUCACAGGUGAAAGGUACCACCUCAUGUACAAGCCGCCUCCGACCAUGGAGAUCCAGGCUCGCCUCCUGCAGAACCCAAAGGACACGGAAGAGAAGGUCAAGCUCAAGAUGGACUUGUUCUACCGGAACUUGGCGGAGCUGGAGCAGUUCUAUCGGCAGGCCAUUGCCCUCAAUGGGGACCAGGACCCCUACACAGUCUUCGAGUACAUAGAGAGUGGGAUCAUUAAUCCCCUGCCCCGAAAAAUCCUCUGAUGGCUUCAGAAUAAGGAGCACUCCCCAGGAAAUGAAUUGAUCCCCACCCCCACCCUUUU